AUGGUUGGCUGCGCCGCGGCUUGUGGUAAACCACUUGGUGCGACAGGUGUCGCUAAGUGUGGCUGCGGCCUGUCUUACCAUAAAGCUUGUGUGGGCAUGGGUCAAAAUGCGCGCGUCGCGAGUGCAUGGGCGUGCCCGGCGUGCAAAGCGACGACCCCUCGGCGUGACAACUCCGACAAUACGCCGGUAAAGCCGAGUGGGGCCGGCGAGGACGAUGCGCCGUUGGAUCAGCAGCCCGACGUCGCUGAACAGCUGCGGUUGCUUCGUGCGGACUUCGGCUCUGUACGUGACGAAGUUGCGGGCCUGCGCCAAGAGGUGGCGCGCUUCAACGAUCUCCUUGGUGGUCUCACUGGCCGUCUGGACGUCCUGGAGGAGAAAGUCAGGCGCUUGGAGGAGCGGCCGGUGGAACCCGCCGACAGCGAGCAAGAAGACAGAUCGCCGUCAGGAGCAACGGUGGAGCUGCAGCAGACAGUAGCGCGCCUUCAGCUGGAGCUGAACGACCGCGACCAGGACGCGUUGCUCUCAGACCUCGACAUUGGCCACGUUCCGGAGACGAAGGGCGAGAACGUUGUCCACACGAUCACCGUCCUGGCGGCCCAGUUAGGUGUCCCCUUGGAGCAGCGUGACGUUGUGUUCGCCGAGCGAGUCGGCGCGGUGGACCGGGGCGGGGAAGGGGCCGACAGUGAGGCCGGAGGCCGGCCGCGUCGCGUCGUCGUUAGGCUGGCGCGGCGACAGUUGCGGGACGAACUGCUGCAGGCCGCCCGGGUGCGGCGAAACUUCACCUUCGCAGAUGACAACCUGCCGGGCCCCCCGCGUCGGGUCUUUGUCAACGAGCGACUCACACGCACGAACCGCCUGUUGUUUCACAAACUUCGUGAGUUGUGUAGGCAACAUCAGUGGAGGUUCUCGUGGACAAGGCGAGGCAGAAUCUAUGCCCGACAAGGAGAAGGAAAGUCGGCUUACCCCAUUCGCUCUGAAGCUGACUUAGUACGUGUUUUUGGCGCCAGCUCCGUUUGA